AUGGAAAGAUUCAACGGCCUGAGGGAGGAAGAUGUAAAAGACAAAACGCUUCCUGAUCAUCUAAGAGAAAAUCUUGAUAUCGUUGGCAUCAAUCCCAGUUUGGCCUCAGCACACGUAGGACAUCAUUAUGCUGGUCCGGGGAAUCACUUUUGGACCUGUUUGUUCCAGUCCGGAUUAGUCCCUAUGUCGGUUUCGUGUUACGAUGAUGCUAAAAUGAUGGAUUAUGGUAUCGGAUUUACAAACGUCUGUACAAGACCUACCAAAGGUGCUGCGGAGUUAACCAGAAAAGAAAUGAAGGCUGGAGCCGCCGUUAUGCUAGAAAAAAUGCGGAAAUACAAUCCAAAAAUUGCUGUAUUCAAUGGCAAAGGUAUGUCUUACUCGUAUAUUCACUUCAUCUAA